AUGCGUAGCAUUGUGAAGAAGAUCUUGUUCUGCGGAGCAAAAGGGUUUCCAUCCAUCUCAGGCUACUCUCGGGUAGUGCCUGUGCCAGAACCUGGUCAAGUCCGUGUGUUCGUUGGGAGUGACAUUGACAUGAUGUGCAAGUUCGAGAUGGAAGCCAAUUACCUAAACCACCCACUAUUUCUUAGUCUACUGGAGCUCUCUGCCGAGAAAGAGUUUGGCUAUUCCUACGAUGGAGCCCUAAGAAUAGCCUGCGACGUCGACCUCUUCCACUACCUUCUUCAUCUUCUUGAAACCAGUAAUCCCUCUGCCCAUUAUAUGGAUCUCUCCGAUCUCAUUUCCAAGUUCAACAAUUAG